CCCGCCCUCGUUCCCAGCAAUUGAGCACCUUCCUGCGCCGUCUAGGAUUGUCCUCCAGGCCCAACAUGUUGAUGUCCUUCCUACGGCGUUAUUAAUCCAUCUCAUGAACAUUAAUUUAUAUCACAAGGAGGCAGGUACGUUUCGAUGCAACGUGAUGGUUACAAGGGUUUCGCAUUUGAAAAAAUGGUGGGCCACCUUCUGUACAGACUGCCACUAUAUGCCCAUGCCAGCUGCGACGUCACUCACUCAGCCUGAUGUAUAUACAUGUGGACGUCGUAGCUGUUCAUGUACCAGUGCAACAGUCGGGUACACAUUAUGUGUCCUUGCAAAAGACCGAAGCGGAGAAGCCGAGUUUGAGUUGUUUGGAGCAAAAGGGCAGCAGAUUGUCGGUCGAUCUGCUGGCCAGGUCAUUCGCAACAACAUGCGUCAUGACCCUACUAUUCACAAUGUUCAUGUGGCGGCCUCGAUGGUCAGGAAAAUUCCUCCUGAACUUUUAGGCUUGCUUGGCAUGAAAUGCACGUUUCAUGUUCGUGCGUCGUCUGACGGCUUCUUUGGAAGGUGGCCGGCGUUUCAUGUCGAUGCUAUUGAAUCAUUCGAGGCUCUGAAGACCAACCUCUCUGUCAUGGAUCUGCUUACCCCAUCGUGAAGCCACACCGUCGUGCAACUGCUCAUGAAAUCAAUGUAGAUGUUCCAUGCAGUUGAUCUGUACCCUGCUAACUGCCCUCUUGAUCUUUUGGCCUAAACCUUUUUAUUACGAUGAAUGUAGAUACACCAGUAUGUAUGGACCACCUUAUAUUAGCUACGCCUUUGUUAUCUUUUGCCUUAGGCUCAGGCUACUCUCAAAAAGACGAUAAGAUAAGGCAUUUUUUCACAUUCCAGUUGGCUGGCUGAUCAAUUUAUUUUCCUAAAUGUA